CAAGUAGAACGCGUGUCUGUCAAUGACACUUGGAAAACUUUUCUAAGAAAAGCGCCUGAAGAUGAAUUUCUGUGACGAGGAACCAGAUGAUUCUGUGAAAUUGUGUAUGAUCCUCUGACGAACGGCUUUUAGAAGUGUCCUCGCUUGUCAUUGUUCAGAGACGCUUUUUAUUCAUCACCCUGGCGUUAUUUAUUCUUAUUGCUUUCAGUUGUAUUCAACUUGAGCCUAGCUUUGAUGUUUUUGUGAUGCCAUUGUUUGUAUCACUCGCAGAAAAGUAAGAGAGUAGAUACUAAUUCGAAUCCAUCGCGAAAUAUCUAUCGAAUUCAACUUCAAGAACCUCGCGUUCAUUCUCCUUGAGGACGUUAUCUUCGGCAGACAAAAUGGGCGCCUGUAUCUGCGUCGAUUCCUACUACGAUUCGUACUACGAGGACGAUUACUACUAUGAAAUGGAAGAUAGGAGAAUCGUUUACUCACCAGGUCCAGCCGCGCCAGUUAUCUACACACAUUCUCCGCCUGCCACUGUUGUCGUACCAGCACCGCAGACGGUGGUCCUGUCGCCACCAGCGCAACAGGUGGUUUAUAUCUAGGGUCUAGCCUAUGCCUAGUACUAGCACAACUAGGGAGUCAAUGCGGACGAGGGUCGUGACUUGGACGUAAAGGUCAGCCAGAUAGGAAGCCUAGGUUCUUGGUCCUAUUCCUCGUAAGGAGUCGGCAGGGAGAGGGAUUCUGUGGCAUGGGGUUUAUAUCUAGGACCUUGGUAGAGCUAGACGAUGUAGCCGUCAUCAUGUAAACCUGCGG